AUGAGUUGGACUAUUCUUUUUUGCUUGCCGGACGAAUUUAAGAUGAUAUUAGUAGCAAUUAAACAAAUUCAAGCAGCCAUGGGCCGACGACUUAGUAAUGAAAAAGAUGACACACUAAACGCUAAACAAGCCACGAAAGAUUCUGAUUCCAGUUCAGAUUCAAAUCUUGAUGAAGAAGAAUUCGUUGUCGAAAAAAUUCUUAAAAUGCGCACCACAAAAAAAGGCAAAGUUCAAUACUUACUCAAAUGGAAAGGCUUUCCCGAUAGUGAAAAUACUUGGGAGCCAGCGGAGAAUCUUGAAUGUCCCGAUUUGAUCGCAGCGUUUGUAGCUGAACAGAAGGAAAAGCAAGAAACAUCGACAUCAAAUGGCAAACGAUCUCAUUCGAUUGCGAGCACCGAUGAAGUAAACAAUAACAGCACAUCGUCAACCAAACGACCACGAAUUGAAAUCGAACAAACAGGUUAUCAUCGUGGUUUAUUACCUGAGAAAUUAAUGGGUGCAACAGAUAUCUACGAUGGGGAACUUAUGUUUUUAGUCAAAUGGAAGGAUGUUAACAAACCAGAAUUAGUUCCAUCCCGUAUUGUCAAUAAACAAUCAGCCCAAAUGGUUAUCAAAUUUUACGAAGAUCGUUUGACUUGGAAUUCCACGGCGACAUCGACGAAUAAUAAUAAAAAUCUUUAA